AUGCCUCCGAUCCGCAGCUCCAGAAACCGCAAGCCUCCGCCCGAUGGCUUUGAAGACAUCGAAGACACGCUGCUCGAAUUCUCCAACAAGCUCAAGGACGCCGAGAACGCCUCGCACGAGGGAAAGAAGAAACAUGAGAUGGUGUGGCCCGUCUUUCAGAUCACACAUCAGCCGAGAGAUGGAGGUUUGCGCACUACGGAUGCUGACUCUGCUCACCAGGCNUCCAAGUACAUCUACGACCUCUACUACGAGAAAGAAGCCAUCUCCAAGCAGCUGUACGAGUGGCUGCUGAAGAACAACUAUGCCGACAAGAACCUGAUCGCAAAGUGGAAGAAGCAGGGCUACGAAAAGCUCUGUUGUCUCCGAUGCAUCCAGACCAAGGAGACCAACUUCAACAGCACCUGUAUAUGUCGCGUGCCUCGCAAGCAGCUCAAGGAGGACCAAGUCAUACAGUGCGUCAACUGCGGAUGCAGAGGAUGCGGAAGCAGCGACUAA